UACUACCGAUACGAAGGUUUUCGCCUCUACAAAGAACCGUUGUUCCAUAAACCACUCCCACAGAACACAGCCUCGUGCAACCUCCACGCGUCUCUUACAUCGACGCCGGCGAGCGGAACGACGACUGACUCACGCCGAAAACCACCCCAGACAACGAACCCGCAAGAAAAGCAAAAAGAUUAACCACUCUUGUAAUAGAUCAACUCCUUCUGUGGUCACUUUUCUUUGAGAAUAGUUCUUCUGCUAAGUGAAAUUCCUACUCCUAGGUUUCCACUUUCCUGAGUAGGUGCAAUUACUGACUUCAACAGUGUUAAAUUAUAAAACCCUGAAAGCGGGACACCAUUGUUUUUCAAACAUGAAAUUCAGGGCUUCGCACAGGCUCCCAUUAUUCCCUUACCAUACUCGCCACGGUUACCUCCAUAGCCAGCGUCGCUGCUUCAAUUCGUUCUUUCAAAAGUUCCGAACAACCACUCAACCGCGAGCUUCUAACAAUGGCAGAAGUGGCAGUUCGCAAGGUGAUUCUUUUCUGGUGCCUGGUGCAACCGUUGCUACCUUACUAAUGCUUGGUUUUCUCCAUGCGCGUCGGCUUUAUGAUGAUAAGAAGAUUGAAGAGGCACGAGAAAAAGGAAUUGAAUUCGAGUUCCAACCUGAUGUAAAAGCAACAUUUCUGAGAUUGCUACCCAUGCGCUCUAUCUCUAGAUAUUGGGGUUUCUUGACAGGCCUGGAACUUCCUAUCUGGCUGCGCCCUUACGCAUACAGGGCAUGGGCUCGGGCAUUCCAUUCAAAUUUAGAAGAAGCAGCUCUGCCCCUGGACGAAUAUGCUUCUUUGCGGCACUUCUUUGUCCGCACCUUGAAAGAAGGCUCGAGGCCUAUUGACUGUGAUCCACGAUGUCUGGUUAGUCCUGUGGAUGGUACCGUUUUAAGAUUUGGGGAGUUGAAAGGAGCAGGGGCUAUGAUUGAGCAAGUCAAAGGGUUCUCCUAUUCUGUUUCUUCUCUUCUUGGUACAAGCUCUUUCCUUCCCAUGAUAGUCGAAGAGGACAUGCAAGAAGAGUGUAGUGAACUGGAAAGUAAUUCUAAAAGGAAGAACAAGAAGUCAUGGUGGAGAUUUUCAUUGGUGUCUCCUAAAGCUUGGAAUCCUACGUCAGCAUGUCCAAUGAAAGGCCUUUUUUACUGUGUAAUUUACUUGAAGCCCGGAGACUAUCAUCGCAUACACUCUCCAGUUGAUUGGAGCAUCCUUGUCCGCCGGCAUUUUUCAGGUUGCCUAUUUCCUGUAAACGAGCGUGCUACAAGAACAAUCCAAAAUCUUUAUGUUGGGAACGAAAGGGUUGGUCACUCAAGCAAAUUGACAUUUAGAAUACGUUUCUUCAUGGUAUCUUGUCUGAAGAUGUAUAUAUGGCUCAACCAUCGGGCAUUGUUCAUCCAACCCAUCCUCACCACAUUUGCAAAUUGCACAAGGCAUUAUAUGGGCUAAAACAGGCCCCCUGUGCUUGGUUCUCUUGUCUCAGUGGACAACUACCCAAGCUUGCUUUUACUGGCUCCAAAGCUAACUCGCCUUUGUUCAUCUAUCACACAGCAUUUGUGACUAUGUAUUUGCUCAUCUACGUCAAUGAUAUUAUUAUUGCUUCUUCUGUUCCUACUGCAAUUGAUGAACUGUAACAGCUUCUGUGUGUUGAUUUUGCGGUUAAAAACUUGAGAAAUCUCCACUACUUCCUUGGGGUUGAAGUACUACCUGUGAAGUCUGGUCUCUUGUUCUCCCAACAAACCUAUAUUUGUGACUUGCUACACAAAACCAACAUGGUGGAGGCAAAGCCAAUCACAUCUCCCAUGUCCUCAUCUUCAGUUUUGUCUGCUUUCAUGGGUGACCCUAUGGAAGACCCAUCUCUAUACCGCAGCACAGUUGGCUCACUCUAAUACUUGUCCCUCAUUCGCCCAGAUUUGGCUUUUGCUGUAAACCGAGUUUGCCCAUUCAUGCACAGACCAACUAAAGUCCUUUGGCAAACUGUCAAGAGGAUCCUAUGGUACCUCAAGCACACAGUCUCUCACGGGUUGCUACUUCAUACAACUCCUUCAACCUCCUUCCAAGCCUUCUCCGAUGCAGAUUGGGCAGGCUGUCCUGAUGGAUGACACUCUACAUGAGCCUAUUGUGUCUUCCUUGGCUCAAACCUCAUUUCCUGGAGUUUUAGAAAACAACCCACAGUCUCACAUUAUUAGAGUACAAAUCUGUUACCAACACUGCAACUGAAUUACUUUGGAUCCAAUCUCUCCUGCGGGACCUUGGAAUUAAACUGUCUUCUCCACCAAAGCUUUGGUGUGAUAACAUUGGUGCCACAUAUCUGUCAAUAAAUCCCAUUUUCCAUGCACGUACCAAGCAUGUGGAAAUUGAUUUUCACUUCGUUCGGGAACUAGUUGCUGACAAAUCAUUGGAAAUUCUUUUCAUUCCAAGCUCAGAUCAACUGGCAGAUGUGCUUACCAAGUCGAGAGUCUCAAAAAGAUUUCAUCUCUUAUAUUUCAAGCUCAACGUCCGUUCUCCCCCGCUGAACUUGCGGGAGGGCAUUAAUGUACAUAUGACUCCUAGUUCUCAUCCACUUUGUAAUGAUCAAGCCAAGAACAAGAGUCCAAGUGAACCUCAUGAUAAGAAUCCAAGUGAUAAGGCAUGAGAAGAUAAGUAUAAGAAGAAGAGUUAUAGUUGUGCAUGUAUCAAUAAACAGAGUCCUAGCUAGAUGUGUUUUAGAGUUAAGAGUUAGAGUUAACUUGUAAACAACCUCAUCAUGUAAUCUCUAUAUUAUCAUUUUUUUUUUUUUGAUAAGUUGUAAUCUCUAUAUUAUCAUUACAAGCUCACUUAGAUGAGCAAGGGAGAAUACAAAUCAUUAACCUAAUAUUCAGACUUCUUAUAGUCUACAUCUUCCUUGCUGAAAACACCAACAGAUGUUUCCAAUCGGGACAUAAGUCAACGAAAUGUAGCUACCUCUUGCAUGCUUAGAAUACUCGCAUCAGCAGAAGUAGGAAUGGAAAAAUUCUUUUCUUCCAUAUAAGUAUGAUUGGCCUUGAGGCCUAGGUCCAUCUCCUGAACGACCCCCUCAACCUCUUGCAGGAUGGCCACGAAAUCUCCAACAAGUCUCCCGACAUCUUGAGCCUCGUGUGUGGAGAGUUGGAUUCUCACUAUGGGAGGUCACCUAACUCUCUAUCCCCUUUUUGUGAGUUUCUGAAGUCUGACUUGUUUCUAACAUCUUGAGUUCAAACAUCCUACCAAAUAGCUCCAAUACACAACACUUGGGCUCAAGUAAUAAAAGGAGAUACUUAAACUCAACCAUAAUACUCAAAUUCAACCAUCAAAAAAUAUUGAUCAAUCUGCAAUCAGCAUCUGCAGGUCUUUUUUUUUUUUUUUACAAAAUGACCUGCAGUUUAGGAUUAGUUGUUGGUGAAGAACUGAAUGACCAGUCGUUUUUGCAAGAACUGAAUGACAGCACAUAGAGAGAAUUUGAACAACAUGUCGUUUUUCAUCAUCAAUAAAAAUGACGUGUCGUUUUUCUUCUAGACACAGCCUCACCGCACCUCUACCGGAGAGUCAACGUCCGCCACCGGAGGAUACCAAUGAUCCUCAAAUCUUGAGGAAUACUCCCAAAAGCCAUUGAAUAAGUAAAAUUUCAAGGAGUGCUGCUGUUUGGAAAAUGGCGCCUAUUUGUAUCUUUUGGUGCUUAUGGUGGGAAAGAAAUAAUAGGAGUUUUGAAGACUUGGAAAGAUCCUCGGAUGAGAUCCUUUCUUUGCUCUAUCACUCUUUGUAUUGUUGGACUUCGGCUUAUGUCCAUCCUUUG